GUGUGUGUGUGUGUGUGUGUGUGUGUGUGUGCAAAAAGGGAAUUACAAACGUUUGCUAUGGGAAAGCAGCCGCCGCGAAAGGGGAUGCAACGCGGAGCCCCAACCCCGGAGCAGCAGGAGAGCUGAACAGCUUCAGUGUUGCUGCUGGGGCUUUGUGUGUGUCCUGGAUUUUUUGGAAGGCGCCUGUAGCAGCAGCAGUGAGAGAGGAGGAGGGAAAGGAGAGGAGGAGGAGGAGGGGGAAGCCUCUUCAUUCAUUUUUAUUCCGCAUUUUUACCCAUUUUCAGCCUCUUCAGCAACCUGGACUUUGGGGGAUAUUUAAAACUGCGUCGCAUCAUUCCGACGUGGAUACUUUGCGGCGUUUGGAAGCCUUUCCCUCUAUUUUUGGUUGGGCUUGUUUUUCCUUGCAAGGAUUGAUUUGGAUUUUUUUCCCUUUCUUUGCAGUUUUUUUCCCUUACUGCCUUUCUGUGUGUUUGAAAAUGGAGGUUGAAGAUGCAGACUGCCAGCCUCAAUGUGCUUCAUGUUUGCUACUUCUGUGUCCAUUGUAUCACUGCAGCCAGCGCUGAGGGGGGUUUGUUACCUUUUCUGUAGCAAACACCACAAAUACCUACAUAUCUGAAGCAUCAAAAUAGCGUUGUUUGGGGAGUGUGUGUCAGUUUCGACAGCCACAGCAUCGACAACACAUCGGCUCACCACGAGGAAAGAAAUUUUUUAAAAUUACAAUUUUCGAAGGAUCUGUUUUCUCAUCUGGAUUAUUGUUUUUUUUUCCCCUUGUUUCUGGAGGGGGUGUGGGGGCGGCAGUGUGAGUUUCGGACUCCCCCCCCUUCCCCCCUUUUUUUUUGGAGAAAGGGGAAUUUCGUCCUAAAUAAAAGGAAUGAAGUCUGGCGCCGGAAGAGGGUCCCCGACCUCACUUUGGGGGCUUCUGUUUCUCUUUUCUACACUUUGCCUUUGGCCAACAAAUGGAGAAAUUUGUGGGCCAAACAUUGACAUUCGCAAUGAAAUCCAGGAGUUGAAGCGACUAGAAAACUGCACCGUGAUUGAGGGCUACCUCCGAAUUCUACUGAUCUCUAAGGCAGAGGACUACCGGAACUUCCGAUUCCCAAAGCUCACGGUCAUCACCGACUACUUGCUGCUUUUUCGUGUGGCGGGCUUGGAGAGCCUUAGUGACCUCUUCCCUAAUCUCACGGUCAUCCGAGGGAGAAACCUUUUUUAUAACUACGCCCUGGUGAUCUUUGAGAUGACAAAUCUCAAAGAGAUUGGACUGUAUAACCUUAGGAAUAUCACUCGGGGGGCCAUCAGGAUUGAGAAGAAUUCAGACCUCUGUUACCUCUCCACUGUGGACUGGUCUUUGAUUCUGGAUGCUGUAUCUAACAACUAUAUUGUGGGAAAUAAAUCUCCAAAGGAGUGUGGGGACCUUUGUCCAGGGGCAAUGGAAGAGAAGCCUUUGUGUGAAAAGACAACCAUUAAUAAUGAAUACAACUACCGCUGCUGGACCACAAACCACUGUCAGAAAAUGUGUCCUAGCUCAUGUGGAAAGCGGGCCUGCACAGACCAGAAUCAGUGCUGCCACCCAGAGUGUUUAGGAAGCUGCAGUGCACCAGACAACGACACAGCCUGUGUGGCUUGCCGACAUUAUUACUAUGGGGGCACUUGUGUGCCUACCUGUCCUCCUAACACCUACAAGUUUGAGGGUUGGCGUUGCGUGGACAGAGACUUCUGUGCCAGCGUCCACAGUGCCGAAGCCAACGAGUAUGAAAAGUUUGUGAUCCACAACGAUGAGUGCAUGCAGGAGUGUCCCUCCGGCUUCAUACGGAAUGGGAGCCAAAGUAUGUACUGCAGCCCCUGUGAAGGUCCUUGCCCUAAAGUCUGUGAGGGGGAGAAGAAGACGAAAACAAUUGAUUCUGUAACUUCAGCACAAAUGCUGCAAGGAUGCACUGUCUUCAAAGGCAAUUUGCUCAUUAAUAUCCGGCGAGGCAAUAACAUAGCCUCUGAGCUGGAGAACUUCAUGGGCCUUAUUGAGACUGUUACAGGAUAUGUGAAGAUUCGCCAUUCUCAUGCCUUAGUUUCUCUGUCUUUCUUGAAAAACCUGCGAAAUAUUUUAGGAGAAGAACAGCUAGAAGGGAAUUAUUCUUUCUACGUCCUUGAUAACCAAAAUCUACAGCAGCUCUGGGACUGGAACCUUCAUAAUCUGACAAUCAAGGAAGGGAAAAUGCACUUUGCUUUUAAUCCCAAAUUGUGUGUUUCUGAAAUUUAUCGAAUGGAGGAAGUGUCUGGAACUAAAGGUCGCCAGAGCAAAGGGGACAUAAACACUAGGAACAAUGGAGAAAGAGCUUCUUGUGAAAGUGACGUUUUGCAUUUCAUUUCCAACACUACAAUGAAGAACCGGAUUAAGCUAACUUGGCAACGUUAUCGGCCUCCUGAUUACAGGGAUCUUAUUAGCUUUACUGUUUACUUCAAAGAGGCACCAUUCAAGAAUGUCACUGAGUAUGACGGGCAAGAUGCAUGUGGCUCUAACAGCUGGAACAUGGUUGAUGUGGACCUCCCUCCAAAUAAGGAUGUCAAACCUGGAAUUUUACUGCAGGGACUGAAACCUUGGACUCAGUACGCUAUCUACGUCAAAGCAGUUACUCUCACGAUGGUGGAGAAUGACCACAUCCGGGGAGCAAAGAGUGAAAUUGUAUAUAUCCGUACCAAAGCUGCAGUUCCUUCUAUUCCUUUGGAUGUUAUUUCAGCAUCUAACUCAUCCUCCCAACUAAUUGUGAAGUGGAAUCCUCCUUCUCUCCCAAAUGGUAACUUGUCCUACUACAUAGUAAGAUGGCAGCGGCAGCCUCAAGAUAGUUACCUCUACCGGCACAAUUAUUGCUCCAAAGACAAAGUUCCCAUUAGAAAGUAUGCUGAUGGCACCAUUGAUGUCGAAGAGGUUACAGAAAAUCCUAAAACCGAGGUCUGUAGUGGGGAAAAAGGACCUUGCUGUGCCUGUCCUAAGACUGAGGCUGAGAAGCAAGCAGAGAAAGAAGAGGCGGAGUACAGAAAAGUCUUCGAGAAUUUUCUGCACAAUUCCAUCUUCGUACCAAGACCUGAAAGAAGGCGUAGGGAUGUCUUUCAAAUGGCCAAUUCCACAUUGCCCAGUCGGAACAGGAACACUACAAUGGCAGAUCACUUCACCAAUAUGUCAGACACAGAAGAGAUUGAAUCAGAAUACCCAUUCUUUGAGAGUAGAGUGGAUAAUAAAGAGAGGACUUUAAUUUCUCAUCUCCGGCCUUUUACUUUGUAUCGCAUUGAUAUUCAUAGCUGCAACCAUGAAGCUGAUACUCUUGGCUGUAGUGCUUCUAACUUUGUCUUUGCGAGGACCAUGCCAGCAGAAGGAGCAGAUAAUAUUCCUGGACCAGUACUGUGGGAACCAAGACCAGAUAAUACUGUCUACUUGAAGUGGUCAGAACCUGAAAAUCCCAAUGGACUGAUAUUAAUGUAUGAAAUAAAAUAUGGUCAGCAAGUAGAGGAUCAGCGGGAAUGUGUUUCCAGACAGGAAUACAGGAAAUUCGGAGGGGCCAGACUUACACGCCUGAAUCCUGGAAACUAUUCAGCCCGUGUUCAAGCGACUUCUCUUUCUGGGAAUGGAUCAUGGACUGAUCCUGUAUUCUUCUACGUUCCAGCCAAACCACCAGACUAUGAAAACUUCAUUCACUUAAUGAUCGCUCUGCCCAUCGCAGGAUUAUUUAUACUUGGUGGAAUUCUGAUAAUGUGGUAUGUCUACAAUAAAAAAAGAAAUAGUGACAGAUUGGGGAAUGGAGUUCUAUAUGCAUCUGUCAAUCCAGAGUACUUCAGUGCUGCAGAUGUGUAUGUUCCAGAUGAGUGGGAGGUACCUCGAGAGAAGAUUACCAUGAGUCGAGAACUUGGGCAGGGUUCAUUUGGGAUGGUAUAUGAGGGAGUUGCAAAGGGCGUGGUAAAAGAUGAGCCUGAAACCAGAGUAGCCAUCAAAACAGUCAAUGAAGCAGCAAGCAUGCGGGAGAGAAUUGAAUUUCUCAAUGAAGCUUCAGUAAUGAAAGAGUUCAAUUGUCAUCAUGUGGUACGGUUACUUGGAGUAGUAUCCCAGGGCCAGCCAACAUUAGUCAUCAUGGAAUUGAUGACACGGGGGGAUCUCAAAAGUUACCUCAGAUCUCUGAGGCCAGAGACAGAGAAUAAUCCAUGCCAGAUGCUUCCAACCUUAAAGAAGAUGAUUCAGAUGGCUGGAGAGAUUGCUGAUGGCAUGGCAUAUCUCAAUGCCAACAAGUUUGUCCACAGGGAUCUUGCUGCAAGGAAUUGCAUGGUUGCCGAAGAUUUCACUGUCAAAAUCGGAGAUUUUGGUAUGACAAGAGAUAUCUAUGAGACAGAUUACUACAGAAAAGGAGGUAAAGGAUUAUUACCUGUUCGCUGGAUGUCUCCAGAGUCACUUAAGGAUGGAGUCUUCACAACACAUUCUGAUGUUUGGUCCUUUGGUGUUGUCCUCUGGGAGAUUGCAACAUUAGCAGAGCAGCCCUAUCAGGGCAUGUCUAAUGAACAAGUUCUCCGGUUUGUUAUGGAGGGUGGCCUUCUAGAGAAGCCAGACAACUGCCCCGAUAUGCUGUUUGAAUUGAUGCGUAUGUGCUGGCAGUACAAUCCCAAAAUGAGACCUUCUUUUCUGGAGAUCAUCGGCAGCAUCAAAGAUGAGCUGGACCCAGGAUUCAAGGAGGUCUCCUUCUUCUACAGUGAAGAGAAUAAACCACCAGACACAGAAGAGCUGGACUUAGAGACUGAGAACAUGGAGAGCAUUCCCUUAGACCCUUCCUCCACCCUCCAGCCCGCUGACAAACUCUCAGGACAUAAAGCCGAGAAUGGGCCUGGUGUGGUGGUCCUCAGGGCCAGCUUUGAUGAAAGGCAGCCUUAUGCGCACAUGAAUGGAGGACGCAAGAAUGAAAGGGCCUUACCUUUGCCCCAGUCUUCGGCCUGCUGAUCCUUGGAUCCAGAAUCCCAUGCAAACAGUAACACACGUACACUGGGGUUGGGGUGGGGGGGGUGGAGGGAAAAAGAAAUUUAACAAUAUAUUCAAAAGCCUACUGUACCUCAGUGGAUCUUCAGAACUGCCAUCGCUGCACACAGGAGACCCCUAUCUUCAGUAAACAACACAUUGACGAUUUUUUUCUUUUUUUUUUCAAUAUGCAAGCAGAUGUUUGUUUCAGUAAAGGAUUCCUCAAAUGAGGCGGGCCUUUAAAAACUUUACUGGUAACAUUUAAUAGCAACAGAAAACUUGAGGUCUGAUUUUCCUCUCUCUCUUCCCCUGUCGUCUCUUUUUCAUACAUCUCUGCCCUCACACACACAGAGUACCCUCUCUCUUGGCUUCUUAAGGAGAAACCUAUCUGCGCGCAAAUCCAACCAUAAAGCACUUUUUAUCAGAUCAAAGAAAUGGCUGGCUGAGUGGCCCCUACUACCCCUUGCAAGCACCUGCCUAACACUACAUAGGUCUUUAUAAAAUCAAGUUAAGAGACUGGAUUUUUAACCCUGCUCUUUAAACCUUUUUAAUAACUCAUGAAAUUUUAAAAGGGCCAUCAUUCAUUUGAGGUUGUGACCAUUUUCAAUGCUGCCAAAUUUUGCCAAAAAACCAAACUUUUCUUUUUCCUUAAAUUUUGUUGUUGUUGUUGUUGUCAUCAUAGGCAUGGAAAGAGCACAGUAAUCAAUUGCUCCAUCAAAAACAAAAACACAACACUAGUAAUCUUCACCCAAUUAGAUGCUGGUAUUCUUUUUACAUUUCAUUUUAAAAAGCAAUCAAAUUAUUUUUGUCUAGAUUAUUGUUAUUUUUGGGAACUGGACAAAAUAUUCCUUUCUCGUGAUGGAAAUGGGAAGGAAUUGAAGUGAUUUCCCUCCC